AUGAGUUUAUUGUUAAGUCUUGAGAGUAAUGAAGUGAAGAUGAUAGGGAUUUGGGGUCCAGCAGGCAUUGGUAAAAGCACAAUCGCUAGAGCAUUGUACAAUCGGUUAUCCAGCAACUUUCAGGUUACUCUUUUUAUGGAAAAUGUUAAAGGAAGUUAUUGGAGUAAUGAAAGCUAUAGCUCGAAGUUGAGGUUGCAAGAAAGGUUUCUCUCUGAACUAUUCAACGAUAAGGAUUUGAGGAUAAAAAAUCUAGGUGUUGUGGAAAACAGGCUAAGGUACUGGAAAGUGCUAAUUGUUCUUGAUGAUGUGGAUAACAUAGAGCAACUAAAUGCUCUAGCAGAUCGACCUCACUGGUUUGGUGUUGGAAGUAGGAUUAUCGUGACCACCAAGCAUAAAGAUAUUUUGGAAGCGCAUGAUAUCAACCAUAUAUAUGAGGUGGGGAUUCCAUCAAGAGUUGAAGCUCUGCAGAUAUUUUGUCAAUCGGCAUUCAGACAAGAUUCCCCAGCAGAUGGAUAUGUGGAGCUUGCUAAUGAAGUUACAAAGCUCACUCGUCUUCCGUUAGGUCUAUCUGUUUUAGGUUCAUCAUUGCGUGGCAAAAGCAAAACGAAGUGGAUUCGUGCACUACCUAGUCUCAAGGCCACUCUUCAUGUAGACAUUGAAAGGAUAUUAAGAAUUGGUUAUGAUAGCUUAGGUGAUAAUGAUAAUCUCAAAGCUAUUUUUCUCCAUGUUGCAUGCUUAUUCAAUGGUGAAAGAAAAGAUCGUGUGACCCAGCUCCUUGAAAAUAGUGAUCUUGACAUUGAAAGUGGACUUGACGUCCUAGUCGAAAGGGCUCUCAUAUCUAUCUCGAGUGACAAACACAAUCAACCCAUGAACCUGGGAAACGUCAAUUUCUAG